UGUUUUCAUGGCGCGAGCAGGAAGGGCGAUGUAAACACGAGCAAACGUCGCGAAAAAGUGUCCAAAACUAACUUUAAACGCGAUUAUUUCACUGCACACCGUCAGUUUCAACAUAAACUAAUUAUUAGCAUCCGCGUACGUGUAGGUGUCACUUAUUAAGACAUUUUCGGUCACUUUUACGAACGUUAUCGCGGAAUGAUGACGUAAUUUCAUAUAAUCGCACGGAUUAAUAACACGUGCAGAUCGAUCUAAAGUCAUGGAGAGUUUAUUGAUUAAGGACAAUCCGCGACUUUUGCCCAUGAACAGAGAGAGGACGAUCUACGACGGGUUUAUCACUGUUCAGGAGCAGGACUUCAGACUGAGGAUACUGCUGCCUCCAGAUGGACAGAUAAAACGGGCCAAACUGCACUGCUGUUGGCAGCUCAAGCAUCUGCUACGAGGAUAUGAGGCCAUUGUCAAACAGAGGCUGCAGCAGUCGUCACAUCUGGGCUCCUUCCUCCUGGAACUGAAAACUGUUCUGGAGGUGUGUGUACAGAGCCGUCCCUCGCCCCUCUCCAUCCCUCGGCCUCAGUCGUACUCAGACCUCCUCUCUGAGCUGGAGACACUCGGAUGGGACAAGCUGGUGUUCAUAGACACAGACUUCAGGACUCUGAGGCUGAGGGCAGAUGACUCUUCAGGACGGGAGCAUGUCCUCACUGUUCACCUAAAGACAAAGCACCCCGCAGAGGCUCCAGAGUGCGCUGCAGACGUGCCUGUGCCUCUGGUUUUCCACUGGACUCCACAGACGAGUUUGGCUCAGCUUCACGCUCAGUUCCUGCAGCUGCUCGAGUCCCUCACAGAAUUCUGGGAAGUUUUGGACGAAAUCGACCAAAAGACGUGGGUCCUGGAGCCGGAGAAGCCCAGUCGAUCAGACACCAUGAGACGCAUCGCCAUCGGCAACAAUGCAUCAAUCAAUGUGGAGGUGGACCCCAGACAUCCCAAGAUGCUCCCGGAGUGCUGCCUCCUGGGAGCAGAGCAUGUGGUGACUCCUCUGAGGAACAAACUCAAUGCCAACAUGCACCUGUGGAACCCUGAGUGCAGCGUCUUGUCCAACCUCGGGGAUGUUCUGGAGAUACAGUUCCCAUCACCUGCCACUCACCACAAAUCUGAUCUGAGUGUGGAGUGUGGCAUCUGUUACUCGUUCCGUCUGGACUCUGGGAUCCCGGAUCAGGUCUGUAACGACCCUCGCUGCGGUCAGCCCUUCCACCAGGACUGUCUCUACCAGUGGCUGCGCGCGCUGCCCUCCACACGUCAGAGCUUCAACGUUAUUUUUGGAGAAUGUCCUUACUGCAGCAAGCCCAUCACAGUCAAAAUGGCAGCACAGAAGUGAAUUUAAAAAUGAAAAAAAGCAAAACGGUUAAAGCAAAAACACAAAACCUCCACGACCAGAGUCCAGCCCCGAGCCACCAGAGUCCAGCCCCGAGCCACCAGAGUCCAGCCCCGAGCCACCAGAGUCCAGCCCCGAGCCACCAGAGUCCAGCCCGCAGCCAGCAGAGUCCAGCCCGCAGCCAGCAGAGUCCAGCCCGCAGCCAGCAGAGUCCAGCCCGCAGCCAGCAGAGCGCCCCCGUCUGGUCAGAGCACGUGGGAACAGUUCUGGGUGGAGGACUCGUUCCUAGAAACUCCAUGUAGCGUCUGAAAUGUUCCAUUUGUUCUCUUCGUGAGUGUUCGUCGCUGUAAAAGAUGUGGUUGAUGGCGUUUUGAGCCGCUGUGUCUCGCCGCCAUGUUGGACGUCUGUCUGGAGUCCUCAGUUUCUGUUGAAAAGUGUGUGUGAAUGUUCUUUCAGAUAAAAAUGUUUUUGCUGAUAAUAACACAAGUUAAAGAUACUUCUCUGGGGUAUUAACUGUAGCACGUCACCGUGUUACCUUGUAUUGUUUUAAAAAUGUUAUAUUCAUCGAAAACAACGUAUUAACAUGUAUCAUUUUCACUUGAAUUUUGGAUGCUCUGAGUCACUCCCCCUUCAGAGCACAAUCAACGUGUAUCCUUCUAAUAAAACCACACAACUUGACAAACAUGAA